AUGGGUAACAAAAUAAUGGAUGAUGAGGCUGGACGUGGUAGCUCCAAGAGCUCCCACAGUGAUGCUGCAGGCAUGCCUGCUCUAGUUCAGGUCCCUACAUCGGUGACUCUGACAGCCGAACAAUUCGAGAAGCUUUAUCUCAGUCCCAUGAUGCACCGUCAACCAACCCUCGCCAAGAACUUGGGUAAUCCCACUCCGCUGGGAAUUGGUGCUUUCGUCCUCACGGCUACGCCGCUGUCAUGUUGCUUGAUGGCAUGGAGAGGUGCAGGUGGAGCUGGCGCUGCUUUCUCGGGUGUUUUGAUCUUGCUCGGUGGACUUUUGUUGGUUCUGUCGAGUAUUCUUGAAUUUAUCCUUGGAAAUACAUUUUCAUCUGUUGUCUUUGGUCACUUGGGUGGUUUUUGCUUGGCUUUCGGUGCGAGCAUGACUCCUGCUUUCAACUCCGGAGCCCCUUAUUCCUCCACUGGAACGAAUAAUCUGGCAGGCCUUCACAGUCCUGGCUUUGCAAACACAUUCGCUUUUUUCUUUGUGUUCAUGGCGCUAUUGAUGCUUAUCUAUACGGUCUGCGCAACUCGCACAAACUUGGUCUAUGCUGUGAUCUUCAUGUGUCUUAUCUUGAACUUCUCUCUGCUGGCCGCUGCCUAUUGGGAGCUGGGUAUGGAAAAUGAGGUGAUGGGCAACCGUCUAACUAAGGCUGCUGGCGCUACCUUGUUUGCGGCUGCUAUGCUAGGAUGGUAUUUGUUGACCGCACAGUUGUUGGACUCGGUCGGCUUUCCAUUAUCACUGCCAAUUGGUGACUUGAGCUCACUCUGGAACCGUGCAAGCAGACAGACCUACCCAGAUCCCGAGGCUGCUCCAGGAAACAGCAAGUUUUGA